AUGUCGAGUAAUAAUACAUCCGCUCGAGAAAUUCGUCAAAGAAAGUUGCCAUUGACCAAAGAGUCAAAAAAUACCGAAAAUGAUAAACAACGAACUAAAAAUGAAACUUGUUGGCGUGGCAAAGAUGAAAAGGUUGAUUCAAAGCACUUGCUGGCACCUGGAAGCUAUUGGUUAACAAGAAUUAUCUUGAUAAGAUAUGUUGGAUUUAUAUAUUUUAUAGCAUUCCUUGUUGCGUUACAUCAGAAUAAAGAGUUAUUAGGAAGUAAUGGUUUGUUACCAGCCAAUAAAAUGUUAAAAAAUGUUCAGCUGAAAUCUAAUGGUGAUAAGUUGAAUAUGUUCAAUAAUGUACCUUCUAUUUUAUGGCUAUUUGAUUAUGAUAAACAUUUAGAUGUUUUACUAGAUGCUGUGGCUUAUAUUGGUGUAUUUUUAUCAUUAUUUUUACUGGUAUGUGGUGCAGCUAAUUGGUUUAUCAUGGCAUGUUUAUGGGUUCUGUAUCACUCCUUAGUUAAUAUAGGACAAACAUGUUGUUUUUCAGGCUGGGAAUCUCAAUUAUUAGAGACAGGAUUUUUAGCAAUAUUUCUUUGUCCUGUAUGGAAUUUAUCACAAUUCCCCAAACAUACACCAACGUCAGUAGUUGUAAUCUAUGGUUAUAGAUGGUUAAUAUUUAGAAUUAUGUUAGGAGCUGGAUUAAUAAAGAUCAGAGGUGAUCAGUGUUGGAGAGAUUUAACUUGUAUGAAUUACCAUUAUGAGACACAACCAGUACCAAAUCCAAUGAGUUAUUUUAUGCAUCAAUCUCCAGAAAUAUUUCACCAAUUUGAAACUCUAUCCAAUCAUUUUAUAGAAUUAGUUGCACCAUUUUUAUUAUUUUUAACAAGAAGAAUGGUGAUUGUUGGAGGGUGUCUGCAAAUACUAUUUCAGAUUGUUUUAAUCAUAAGUGGAAAUUUAAGCUUUUUAAAUUGGUUAACUAUUUUACCAAGUUUAGCUUGUUUUGAUGAUCUUAAUUUAUCUUGGAUGUUUUCAAAAUCAACCAAAGAACAUGUUAUUAAUAUUGAAAUGGAGAAAAGAGUAAAAGGAUCUAAGGACAGUUUAGGGUGUUAUAUAAGAAAAGUAUUUAAUAUUAGUUUAGGUGUAUUAAUAGUGUAUCUAUCUAUACCUGUUGUACAGAAUCUCAUAUCACAUAGACAACGUAUGAAUACAUCAUUUGAGCCUCUCAGAUUAGUUAAUACCUAUGGUGCCUUUGGAAGUGUAACUAAGAAAAGAAUUGAAGUUAUAUUUGAGGGAACAUCAAGUUCAGACCCAUAUUCACCGAGUGCUGAAUGGAGAGAAUAUGAUUUUAAAUGUAAACCAGGAAAUAUAACAAGAAGACCCUGUUUAAUUUCCCCUUAUCAUUAUCGUUUAGAUUGGUUGUUAUGGUUUGUACCAUUUCAUAAGAAUUUUCAGUAUAACCCAUGGAUAGUUCAUUUAGUGGUAAAGUUAUUGGCAAAUGAUAAAGAUACAUUAAAUUUAAUAGAUUAUAAUCCUUUCCCCGAUAAACCACCAAAUUUUAUAAGAAUAGAAAAUUACAGAUAUAAAUUUGUUAAAAUUGGAAGUCUGGAAGCUAAAGCUGGAAAAUGGUGGAGAAGAAAACAUACAGGAAGCUAUUUACAACCCAUUUCUUUACAUUCUGUCAAAGAUUUUAUGAAAAAUAUGGAUUGGAAAAUGCCUGAUGGUAAAUGA